ACAAACUCUUUGUGUCCAUAUUCACAUACAAAUAUAUGAUAUUUUUAUCAAUAAUAUGUAUCCAUUGUCAUUUAUUGGAAGUGAGUGAGAGAGUCUGCGAAAGGAAAUGAGUCUGGCUAAUUUACAAGAGAUGUCACAAGUCCUGUUACUCGUACCUACUUUUAUUGCCCAUGAACUAUGAAAUUGUGCAUGUAUUAAGGAGACGAAUAAUGAGUAUAUUCACCAUGCUCAUUAUUGUAUGUGUGAACACUUGCUCAUCUAUGUAUAGAUUUUAUACAUUUUUUCACAUCCUCUUUUCUUUUUUCUUUACACACAGUCACCAGCAGAUAGGUUACAUAAUACAGCCACAAAUGAAAACAAGAUUUGAUUAUAGCAAAGGCGUGCAGUGGAACUGCAAUAGAUCAGGGUUGCUCUUUGGAUAUGCAAGAAAUUGGUAAGCAAAACCUGCUGCCAAGGACUUCACUUUUGGUCGUUGUUCUCAAAAGAGGAAAUUUAAAUCAAAAUAACUGUUAUCUGCCCACAAUGAAUGGGAAUACAUGCUGGCUAGAGGGAGUAAACACAAAUGAUUUUCUCUGAAUAUGUAUGGGGGUUGGCUCUUGGAGUACGUACCCGAUGCAUGACGGGGAGGAGGGAGAAGGCAAGCAACGCAGGACCAGAGUGAAAAGCCAUCUAGCUGCCCUGUUAUCCUGAUGGAAGGAGGACUUGCUGGAGGGAGCAAACGAGCGAAACAGGAGAGAUUGAGAGAGAGGGAGAGAGAGAGAGAGAGAGAGAACAGGUGGCAGGCAGAUGGUGAUGACGAUGACUGCUCCCAGGGGCAUUUGGCAAACUCUUACAAGUGGCAUUUCUUUGUUGCAGGCAGUGUUGUGUUUGGCCUGUCCCGUUUGUGGUAAAACCUUUGGUGGGCGCAACCGGAAACAGAACCUGGGAUUCCAUUUGAUGAUCCACACGGGAGAAAAGCGCCACCAGUGCCCUUACUGUCCACACAAAUCGACCCUUAAAUUCAAUUUGAUCAAACACAUUCGCAACAUUCACGGUGACAUGAUGAAUCCGAUGGCACUAGAACACCAGUUUCAGGGUUUGGAGCCAAAACAGUGGGAAUGAUGGAGGGUUCGGGCGUUGCCCCUCGGGCCCUGAUGUGUCCCUUCUGCAACAAGGUGUUUGCCGGGCGCAACCAACACCAGCGGCUGCGGUAUCACACGCUCACCCACACCGGCGAGAAGCCCCAUGCCUGCCCCUACUGCCCUCACCGAGCCAGACUCAAGUUCAACCUGCAUAAGCACAUCCGUGCUCUCCACAAGGACCAGCUGGCUGCCAACUGUCCCCCAGCUGAGUUCUGAUGCCUCCCUCUGGCCCCAGCCCUCGAGGCUUCGCGUGCCACUACUCACACCUAGUUGUGGAACUUGCUAUCUCUCCAGUGGGGGCUCUGUAGUUUUACCUCUGUGCUUUUUUAAAAACUUAAAAAAUGGAAAAAGUUUCAGUUUGAUUUGGGCUUCAUGGAGAUAGACGAAGGGAAGCACAAGGGGAUGUGAUUCACAGUUUAAAGUUUACAUAGGCAGUGUUGUGCACCAAUUCUUUUGUCUCAAGCAUUCUUGUGUUUGUAUAUAUCAAAAUUUGGGUUUCAAGUUAAAUUGUUAAAGUAUUCAUUGACAACCUGUGUCUUUAUUGAUCAUUAAUAUAUACAAGUUUUUUUUUUUCCUCUCCCCUCUAUAUUCUCUUAUUUUUUUCUAGUGAAAAAUUUUUGCUUUUGUUAUGGGUUUUUUUAAGUUGUGUGCUGAUCUUCUAUUACCAUGAUGCCUGUCAUAUUGCAUCUUUUUCUUCUUUUCUCUCCUUUUUAUUUUUCCUUUUCUUUUUUAAUGACCCAAGUGAUGUUCCCUUCUUUGUGUGGUGGGUGUG